CAUGCAGGACGAGGACGGGUAUACCGUGCUGAACAUCUCAAAGAGACCUUUCUCCCAGGGAUCUGCACUCACAGGCAAAGAUCCCCCUGUUCACUCCCAUGUGUGGCGUCCGCUGUCUCUGCUGCUGCUCACUCUUUGCCUCCUGCAGCUCAUUGGAUUAGUGGUGCUCGGAAUCAAGUUUUCCCAGGCACGGAGUCAGGAAAUUGGAGGAACAUCGUCGCCCAACGACAAGCCAGAAAACCUCGACAUCAAUGGGAGCUGUUCUAAACAGCAGGAAUUUCUCUUGUCCCAAAACUCCAAACUGUCAGCUGGCCUGCGGAAAAUGGCCAUAGAAUUAUGCCGAGAAGUGACCAGAAAUAAGCCAGAAUCAAAAUGUUCCCCUUGUGGAAAGGGCUGGCAAUGGUCUGGAGACAGCUGUUAUAGAAAAUUUGAUAUUUGGACUACCUGGCCAAAAGGAAAAAAGAUUUGCCACGACAACAACUCCACACUGGUGAAGGUAGACAGCCGGGAAGAGCUGAACUUCAUAUCAGAGUUUAAAGAUGCGUGGCUGGGAUUGUCGUUCAACGGGUCCAGAAGGAGCUGGCUAUGGGAGGAUGGCUCGGCUCUCCGCAGCGACCUGAUCUCGAUUACGGAACCAUAUUCAGGCUAUGGGAACAAUUUCUGUGCUUUUCAACAUAGUCAGAUUAGGUCUGCAGAUUGCCUUGAUUACAAGUAUUCUUUAUGUGAGACAGUUGCAGGUCCAGUGAGAGCUGAAUCCCUGUAUUGA